AUGGGCUGUAUUGGGCUGAGGAAACUACUGUUCGGAAAGAAGCCACCACCCGAAAAUAAUAAUCAGCCAGCAAACACUGUCGUUGCCAAUGGCGCAGCUGCUAAUCAGCCAGCUCAAGAAGACACUGUGAAUGUGGUCGAUGAUUCACCGGGCAAGGAGAAAUUGACUCGUGGUGAAUCUCUCUGGGACCAGGCAUAUAAGCAACUCGAUCAGGGCUUGGUGAAUGAAUAUGAGAAAUUAUUGGCAGAACAAAGAGAACGGAUCGAUGAUUCUAGCAAGAAUGCGACCAAUGAGAAGAAUGAGACAAAUCGCCAACAAAACCUGGAUAUUAUCAUCGAACACGGCCUGGAGCGUGCACAAAGCCAAAAGACAGAUAUUCAGGAGGGCUUGGCCCAGGCUGCAGGCUGGGUUCUGUCCGUCAAAGACUUCAUUGGUGAAGCUGUCAAGGCAUCGCCAGAAGCGUCGAUGGCAUGGGCUGGUGUCUGCAUUGUCCUGCCCUUGCUGACGAAUCCUCAUAGUGCCACAGAGGCUAAUAAGAGUGGAUUUACUUAUGUGACUGGUCGCAUUCGCUAUUACGUCGAAUUGGAGCGGAUAUUGUGGUCUACUUCCAGCCAGAACUCCGAUCAUGCUGGGUUGAAAGAACAACUCAAUGCCAACAUAGUCACGUUGUAUCAACACAUCUUGCAGUUCCAGGUGAAGAGUGUUCUGCGUUUCCAUAGCAGCUGGAAGCGAACCUUUGUUGGUGAUAUCUUCCAACCGGAAAAUUGGAGCGGAAUGGUGUCGUCGAUCAAAGACCUCGAAAAGAUUGUUCAGCAAGAUGCCGCAACGAUUAGCAACGAGGUAUCCCGACAGCAUAUAAACCAGGUUGAGGAAAAUACUCGCCACAAUUUUGAGUCGAUGCAAAAGCUUCUUCCACUGGCUCAGCGGCAUCUCGAAGUUGAUAUCGAGAAACUCGAUAUCCAGCGCCAGAUCUAUGAGAAAUCAUUGUCGGAUGAUCAACGCAAAUGCAGGCAGCUAUUCCGUCUGGCCAGAAACGACAAGGACUCGUCAUAUGAAUCGUACAAGAGCAGAGUCGCGGAUCGACUCGAGGGCACCUGCGAAUGGUUUUUGGAACAGCCUCAUCUUGGGCAGUGGCUGGAGGAUGAUAAAGGCCUGUUGAUUGUUUCAGCAGAUCCUGGAUGUGGCAAGUCUGUUCUGGCAAAGCAUCUCAUCGACAAUGUGUUGCCCCAGUCCAAUCCAUCGGCCACGAUAUGCUACUUCUUCUUCAAGGAUGGAGAACAGAAUACGCAGAAGCAAGCCAUCUGCGCAUUACUACACCAGAUUUUUACCAGCAAGCCUCAUUUGAUCGAACUUGCAAUGAAAAAUUUCAGAGACAACGGAGAAAAACUGGUCAACGUGUCCUCUGCGCUCUGGGAUAUCUUUUCCCAGGUAAUCAAUGACCCUGCUAUGGGGCAGACCAUCUUCGUUUUGGAUGCUCUAGAUGAAUGCAAGGAAUCCGAAUUAAUCGACUUGACAGACAAGAUCAAGUCCAUUCAAAACGAUGGUGAAGCUAGGGCUAGAUUUUUCCUUACCAGCCGGCCGUACGAAAACAUUAUAUCGCAAUUCCGUGAGCUCAUUAAGAAUUCCCCCCACAUUCACAUACCGGGAGAGAAUGAAUCCGACAAGAUUACCCAAGAAGUGAACAUCGUCAUCAAACAUCGUGUUGGGCUACUGGCUCAAAAGAAGGAUCUCUCUGCCGACAUCCAAAGCUACUUGGAAGAGCGACUGCUUCAAAUGAACCACCGCACAUACCUCUGGGUCCAUCUUGUUUUCGAUUAUUUGGAGAAACAACACUUCAAAAAAGCCAAAACAGGCAUUGACGAAGUUUUCAUCGAUAAGCUCCCCAAGAACGUCAACGAUUCAUAUGCCAAAAUCCUCAGUAGGUCAGGGGACAUAGGCAUGGCGCGAAAGGCCUUUUGCAUUAUGCUGGCUGCAUCCCGCCCCUUAACCUUGACAGAGAUGAACAUUGCUGUCAAUCUAGACCGCGAAUCGGAUGAGCUGGAUCUUGAAUCAGAUGAAGACUUUCAAGUCUCAUUGCAAAGCUGGUGCGGUUUGCUUCUUUCUGUGAACGACAAAAAAGUGUUCUUUCUGCACCAAACAGCACGAGAGUUCCUGGUGCAGGAUAAUGGCUUUGGUCUCAGCAGCGAACAUGGACCAAUCAAUACAAAGGAGGCGCAGGGAGUCCUUGCAGUCAGCUGCAUCACAUAUAUCGACAAAUUCAUGCCCCAGGUUGAUCAGACCCAGUCAGCAGAUCCAACUUCAAUCGAUCUCAAUAGAGCCUUCUCAAAAUAUUCUGCUGAAAACUGGCAUCCUCAUAUCCAGGCUGCAAGACUGGAAGAUGACGAGAGGCUGGAACCAUGCCUUAGCAGAAUAUGUGAUCCGAAAUCCGAUGUCUAUGCUUCUUGGUCCGAGCUGACCUAUUUGGUUGCCAAUCCGCCCGCCGAUGAACGUGACCUGCGCAAUACAUUGUGGAUGGCCGCCAACCUUGGCAUAACCUCAGUUGUGAAGAGGAUCCUUCAACAUGAGAAGGAGAUCGAAGACGCCGAGGAUUAUUGGAUUGGCCGUAAGAUUGCCAACGCAGCUGCAUCCUCUGGCAAUGUCGAGGUUGUAAAGCUCCUGUUUGAAUGUGGGAAAAUACGGUGGGAUGUGAAGGACAACAACGAUGAGUCUCCGUUUUUCUCGGCCAUCAUGUCAGAAGAUGCAGCAAGCGUGCGAUACUUGCUUGACAAUGGCAAAUUCGACAUCAACCAUACCUGCUAUGACGAUACACCCUUGAUCUUCGCAGUGAGCUACUCAAGUGACGAAAUUGUCAAAAUGCUUUCCAUACAGAGGGCAUCGAUGUCAAUAGACGCGACGACGAAGGGCAUACAGCGCUAG